GUGUGUGCAUACUUCAGAGAGUUUUGUGUGGCGAGUGGGUGGGCGCGUCAGCCGGGCCGAGUUCUCCGCAGUGCACUCUCCUCUCAGCUGAGUGGAAACAUCAUGUGUCUGUGGGACGCCCAGAGGUACAGCCCUGUUUUGUCAGAGCUGAGACCAGAGCUGAAAGACUGAGGGAGGAAAAUGGGCUCGGAAUAGACACGUCUGGGGGAAAAGAGCUGAAAUCAUUCCUGGUCACUUUGUUGGCGCAUCCCAACCUUGGCAAUGCCAUGCUGGCCCAGAGGAAUGGGCUCCCCCUAGGCAGUAAGGCAGUGACGCUGAAGGAUUGUCCUGAUGUUGAUGGGACCGCUGAAGGGUGCUGCUCCUUCUCCUCAUCGCCAUCAUCUGGGAGUUGUCCCUGGGCUCGGCUGGCUGGCGUAGAUGGAUGUCUGUCGGAGCCAUAUUGUCUUUGGUUUCAGCUUUUGGCCAAAGCGUACUGGGGAGAGUUGGAACUGGGAAUCACAAAGCCCAACCGCAGUGUGUCCUGGGCUCGGCAGCGAGAAGCUUCCAGAAAGAACUGUGUUCGUUCCAAGGCGAAGCAGAAGGAUGUACAGGAUCAGAGCGAAGCGUCCGCCACGACGUCCCCCGGCGUGGACGAGGAGCCUUUCUCCUGGCCGGGCCCGAAGACACUCAACCUCCGGCGGACGUCGCAAGGCUUUGGAUUCACGCUGCGUCACUUUAUCGUCUAUCCGCCCGAAUCUGCCGUGCACAACUCUCUGAAGGAUGAAGAGGGUGGCAGUCGAGGGAAACAGCGGAACCGUCUGGAGCCGAUGGAUACUAUUUUUGUCAAGCAAGUGAAGGAAGGUGGCCCCGCCCACGGAGCUGGACUCUGCACAGGGGAUCGAAUCGUGAAGGUGAACGGAGAGAGCAUCAUCGGCAAGACCUACUCCCAGGUCAUCGCUCUGAUCCAGAACAGCGAUGCCUGUCUGGAGCUCUGUGUGAUGCCGAAGGACGAAGACAUUCUGCAGCUGUUUUCCCGAGAUAUCACGGCUCUGGCAUAUUCCCAGGAUGCAUACCUCAAAGGGAAUGAGGCAUACAGCGGAAAUGCUCAGAACAUCCCUGCGCCCCCUCCCAUAUGCUACCCUCGCAUAGAAGUCAAAGGAACGGGCAUGGCUGAGACGUCAGAGCCCACCGCUGUCAGAGAUGUGGCCCGAGCAGCAGUUCAGGUGGCAGGGAGACGAGCAACUGAAAAGGGCUACCGGGUGGAGAUCCCGGUUCAGCCUUCCCUUUCACCUCAACAGACUUCAAAAUCCCAAACGUCCGUGUGUUUUAAUGAGAGUGUGAGGGCAAUCCCCGUACCCACUGAUCCAGUUGAUAGGGGGUCUCGGUUGGCUCGGGCUGGACCCAGCCAUAGGACUGAGGAGAACCGGCCCUGUCAUGUUGGAGACUCUGGAGUAGUAAAACCCAGACCCAUCAUUUCCUCAGUGCCUGGGGGAGCACAGUUGCAGCACCCAUCCUCCCGUCCCACAGAGACACCCACUUUCUCUCAGUCUACAAGUCCAAGACCCUCUCAGACCCUGCCAUACACCAUUUCCUCACCAGUGCGGGGGGUUCCCACCGUCGCUUCUCCGGACACACUUUCCACCGCCAAUUCUCCCAACAGCAACCACUACUCCCCAACCCAAACAGCACAGACCACAUCACCGCACCAGAACAUUGACUGGAGGACCUACACUACAUACAAGGACUACAUAGACUCCAAGAGGCUCCACACCUAUGGCUGCCGCACCAUCCAGGAACGCUUAGACAGUUUGCGCGCUGCUGCUAAUUCUGGCUCUGCCUAUAGUCAACAACGCACACCACCUCCGCUCAGCUCUUGUCAAAGAGGGCUAUUGGGCACGCAAUUCCGACGAAAAAGCACAUCGAAUGAUCAUGGGGUGGAGGCCAGCAGCAAGGACAGUGUAUUAAUAAACCGUUCACGAAGUGUGUCUCAGGAGAGGCUUGGAGGAAGUGCUGAAAAGACAAAGCUAACCAGAAACUGGCCUCGGAGUGCGUCCCAGGAUGCUCUGCCAUUCUCUAGCCCAAAAGGGCUCUCGAGACCUCGGGCAAAAUCGUGUGACUACCUGGGCCAGCAGCCGGCAGAGCCACAUGGGAUGACCUCCGGAGAUAGCGGAGGGUUUGAUGACAAACUUAUGAUCAGUCGAGGAGAGGAAGCAAAAGCCAGUAGGCAAGGUACGCGAGUUUUACCUCAUCAGAACAGGAGUGAUCUAGGAAACAGUGUUUCCAGCACAGCUUUAACAUCUCCAGUGAUUUCUAAGGGUUUAGCAGACCCUCUAUCGCCGAGGGCAGAUGGGGUCAUCAUGAGGCCGUCUCGCCUGCCUGUCAAAAACUCCAUCUUGGACCAGUCACCUGCCUUAUGUUCCUCAAGAACCAUAGACUUGUUAAGAGACCAAAGAACAAACAUUAUCGGCAACCAUCUGGGCUACUCUUCACCUCUGCAUUUACAGCUGAGGAACAGAGCUGACAGUCUGAAACUGGAAUGUAGAUUAGAGACAGGGUUGGCGGCCCGGUCUUCCUCUUGUUCUGUUCCAUCCAAGUUAACGUCACAAAAACCGAGCACUUCUUCUACUGGAGCCAUCGCCCAAAAGCCAAAAGACACUGGUUGCUGCAAUACCCCUUUAAGGACUAACGGUGGCCUCGUUGACGGUGUUGAAGGGCCCGAUGCAACAGUGGUGGUCCUGAGACGGGACAAACACUCAGGACCAAUCCGCGUUCGCCCUCCGUCAUACGUCCAAGCGGUGAAUGACAGCCAAAAGACACCGCCUUUGGUUAAGGCUGGCUCUGUAGACCAAGUGUCUUGCUGGACUACCCAUGACAACUGCAGGGAGACACACGUGAGGAGGUUGGGGGAUUCCCGUCGCAAAUCGGGGACCAAGCACUUGGACGAUUCUUUGGACUCCAUUCCAUUCAUAGAUGAACCGUCCAGCCCCAGCAUCGACCAGGACAGCUCCAACAUUCCCGCCUCCUCGCUGAUCUCCGUGGCGCCAGUCAUCACCACCAUCCCCCCGAGCCCUCCGUCUCCGUCCCCACUGAUGCGCAGACAGAUGUCACAUGACCAAGACUCUUUACGUCUCACCAUCAUCGAGUCCGACUCUGGUACGAAGACUGAGCGGUCCAAGUCUUAUGAUGAAGGGCUGGACAACUACAGAGAGCAGAGCAGAGGGAGGUCUCUGAUUCCAGGUCUCAAAGGUCUGAGAAAGGCUGUGGACCGCUCUUCGGAAGACUCUGGCUCCAGGAGAGACUCUUCCUCAGACGUGUUCUGUGACGCCAUCAAAGAAGGAUUUCUACACUUCAAGCAGCUCAACACAGAGAAGGGAAAGCGCGUCGGAGGCGGGAUACGCACCUGGAAGCAGAUGUACGCCGUGCUCAGGGGUCACUACCUGUGUCUGUACAAAGACCGCAAGGAGGGUCAAGCCCACGCCAACUGCCACACCAUCGACGAGCCCAUGCCCAUCAGCGUGAAGGCCUGCCUCAUCGACAUCUCCUACAGUGACACCAAGAGGAAGAACGUGCUGCGCCUCACCACCUCCGACUGCGAGUACCUGUUCCAGGCCGAGGACCGCGAGGACAUGCUGUCGUGGAUCAGGGUCAUCCAGGAGACCAGCAGCCUGGACGAGGAGAACGCAGCCUUCACCAGCCAUGACCUCAUCAGCCGCAAGAUCAAGGAGUACAACACUCUGAUGAGUCCGUCUGGGAGCAAGACGGAGCCCUCGCCCAGAGCUUCUCGCCAGUCGCUCAGCAUCCGCCAGACGCUGCUGGGAGGGAAAGGAGAAGGGAAGACUCCCAACCAGCACUCGCCCCGGCCGGAGCAGGAGCGGAAGAGCGUGCACAAGGACGACACCAGCCCGCCCAAGGACAAAGGCACGUGGAGGAAAGGAAUCCCAGGACUGAUGAGGAAGCCCUUCGAGAAGAAGCCGGCGCCGGGAGUCACCUUCGGCGUCCGGCUGGACGACUGUCCUCCCGCUCAGACCAACAAGUUUGUUCCUCUGAUCGUGGAGGUCUGUUGUAAACUGGUGGAGGAGCGUGGACUGGAGUACACAGGGAUCUACCGAGUUCCUGGAAACAACGCCGCCAUCUCCAACAUGCAGGAGGAGCUGAACAACAAGGGCAUGAACGACAUCGACGUCCAGGACGACAAAUGGAGGGACCUGAACGUCAUCAGCAGUUUACUGAAGUCCUUCUUCAGAAAGCUCCCGGAGCCGUUGUUCACUAACGAUAAGUACACGGAGUUCAUCGAGGCCAACCGAGUGGAGGAGCCAGUGGAGCGGCUGAAGGUCCUGAAGAGGCUGCUCCACGAGCUGCCGGACCAUCACUACGAGACCCUCAAGUUCCUGUCGGCCCACCUCAAGACCGUGGCAGAGAACUCAGAGAAGAACAAGAUGGAGCCCAGGAACCUGGCCAUCGUGUUCGGGCCCACCCUGGUGCGGACCACCGAGGACAACAUGACCCACAUGGUGACGCACAUGCCGGACCAGUACAAGAUCGUGGAGACGCUGAUUCAGAACUACGACUGGUUUUUCACCGACGAGAGCAACGGUGACCCAGUGACGGUGUCCCACGACGAGAGCGCAGUGGAGUCUCAGCCGGUCCCCAACAUCGACCACCUGCUCACCAACAUUGGGCGCACGGGCACGUCGCAGGGCGAAGUAUCAGAUUCUCCAACUAGUGACUCGGCCAAGUCAAAGGGUUCCUGGGGCUCGGGGAAGGACCAGAGCAGCCGGGAGCUGCUGGUCUCCUCUAUCUUUGCUGCAGCGGGCCGCAAAAGAAAGAAGUCCAAGGAGAAGCAUCAGCCCAGCAGCUCGGACGAUGACCUGGACUCAGUUUUUGCCAAGAAAGAAAUCCAGGGGCCGAAGGGGAACACGCCUGGGGGCCCGGGUCCCAACCUCAAGCAGCAGGUUCGGACGGAGGAGAGCCAAGAGAACGGGAGGGCGGUGGAGUUGACGCCCAAGUCCAAGUUGCCACAGACGGAUUCGACGCCGGCCAGACGCCCGUCGCUGAAAAGCUCUCCGGACAUGAGGUGUCAGGCGGCGCCUCACGGCAAGCCCUCCCUGUCGGACCCCCCGUCCCAGCUGGAUGAAAACACCUCAGAUCUCGGGACGAUGAGCUCCGGAGCGUCGGUGCCGAGGUCCAAAAGGACAGGCGCUUCUCCUGAGCUGCCGGCCGGAGCCGGCGCGGGGGCCGAGGUCAGCUCCAUCACCUCGGACUACUCCACCACGUCCUCCAUCACCUUCCUGACGGGGGCGGAGUCCAGCGCGCUGAGUCCAGAGCUGCAGUGUGGCGAGGAGGCGGACGACGAGUGCAGCGAGCUGAUCAGCGAGGGCCGCCCCAUGGAGACGGACAGCGAGAGCGACUUCCCCAUCUUUGCCCCGAGCGGCGGCAGCAGCAGCCAGUCCACGCCGUGCCCAGAGCAGAGCGCAACGCAGGGCGCCGCGCCCAAGAUGGAAGCCCGCCGCCUUUUCCCCACGCACAAGAUGAUCGAGUGCGACACGCUGUCACGCCGCUGGUCGCUACGACAGAAGACGGACAGCGAAUCCUCGAUGGAAGGAGCGGCGGGGAGCGGGGAGCGUGGCGAGGGCAGAGCCGAGUCCAGCAACAGACUGUCACGCGUGCUGGAGGUGAUGAAGAAGGGCCGGAGCACCAGCAGCAUCAGCUCCUCGUCUCGCAGUGAGUCGGAGCGCUCCGAACAAGCGUGGCACCUCAAGAUCACAGAGCGGCUCAAGCUCCGCCUGCGCUCCUCCGCCGACGACAUGUUCGCUCAGAAGAGCCGGGCUCUGGAAACCCGCUGCAAGAAGAACAACAUUCGGCGGCGCCACACCAUGGGCGGCCAGAGGGACUUCGCUGGGCUGGCAGUCAUCAACGACUGGAGGGAGCAGGGCGGCGUGGACCAAGCCGCGGAGCUGACGCCCAUCGAGCGCCUCAAGCCCAGGUGCUCCUCGCAGGACUUCUCCACCCGAGACUGGGUCGGCAGGGAGCGCUGCCGCGGCACAGAGCAGGCGCCCAUUGCCCUCCCCGAGGACACCGACGCUCAGGAAGCUGCUCCUCCGCCGCCGCUCGCCGGAGUCAACGGCGGCGGGCCGCAGGGCAAGAACAAACCCUCUCCUGGAGACGACGCACAUCCACAGAAGCUCUCCGGCACGCACGUGGUCCGCUCGCGGUUCUACCAGUACCUGUGACCCGUGGGGUUUCCCCAGGAUGGAAUGAAUGUGUAUCUGUACGAAUGUUCUAUUUUAGCUGCGCAAUAUGUUUUUGCUACUUCCUGUAUCUACUGUAAAUACUGUGUAAAUUACGACUGGAAUAUUCCGGCGCUCGGCGGUACGAAGAAGGUGCCGCCCUCCAAGUGGACGAGCUUUAGUCGCCUCCCGUUCUCCCCAUCCCUGUACUUGAAAGGCGUCGCCAUGACUGAAGGCUGCGUUCUGAGCUGCGUGCGGUGGGAACGUCCCUGCAUUUCACCGCACGACCGCAACAGCCAGGUUUUAGCUGGACGGGCCGAGAGUGCAGUGCAAGCCCCCCAAACGUGUCGGCUUCUAACCCUUUUACGUGACUUGUUUUUAUCAGACGAAUUAAAAAGUGCCUCUUUUAUUUUUGUUUUUUAAGAUGUCGGAAAGUCUCACCUGACAGCAUUCCAGCAGAACCUUUUCUUCCUAGGAUCAGUUUCUACUCCGGACCCACAGCCACAACUCUGAAGCACAGGUCUGUUCAACCAACUGCAUGAGACAAUGUUGACAUCCCGCCUGUGUCCAGCAGAACAUGGGUUCAACACCCUCUUAUUAAAAAACACUGGAAAUAAAUAAUCUUUUUCAAAGUGUCGGUUUUAUUGUCCACUUUCGCCUGGCUUUUUUUUCUUUUCAUCAGACGGAUGGAUGCUGCUGACCCGCCUUUCUUCUUGUCGCCAUCAAGUUAACGUUCUGUUGUAUAUCCUGAUAUAUCCAUUCUCACUUUAAAGUUACAAUUCUCAGAUUAAAGUGAGAAUUCUGACUUUAAAGUUCUCACUUUAAUCUCAGAAUCUGAGAACAACAGAACAGCAGAAGUCUGUCUCCUUUAAACUCAGAUUUAAGAGUUCGAUUCAAUAUUUAGAUUGUAGUUAUAACACUUCCAGAGAUGAAACAAUAGGGCGUAACAUGAAAGGGUCGUGUCUCAAAUGUAACAAAUGUUUGAGGUGAAAGUAUUUGGUUAAAGAUUUCUGCUAAAUCAGGAAGAAAAACAGGUGUCUUCAUUUUUACAUUCUCUGUCUCACAUCUAGUUCCUACAGUCACAAACUAGCGUGUGCUACGAGGACCAGCGAGACACUUCGUUUUAAUAUAGACGAUAAAUGCUUGGCUCACGUCCCUUCAGACAAGAUCCUUUCGCUUCCAGUAAAACGACGAUGGAUCAGUGAAAUAUAUUUAGUAGUACUCGGUAAUUUCAGUCCGACAUCCAACAACUAUUUCAUCAUCAUCUUGGUCUGAGGGAUGUAAAAGGACUAUAGAAAAAAAGUAUGGUUCAUGAAGACUGUAUUGUCUUCCUGGCCGUGCACCUGUCAGUCACUCCUCGUCUCGCACCUGUGGGGCCUUAUGAGCUGCUCCUGGUACAUUUCCAUCUCGGAACUCAACUCUCACUUUUGCCACUUGGAAGAGAAGGCGACGGAACUUCUUUCUCGUCGCCACUUGCUCCUUUCUGUCUUGACGUGGUCGGAUAUAAUCCAUACCUGUCAACCUCAAGAAGUGCAAUUCCCCUUAUAAAUUGAAAAUAAACCUUACAAACACAAUCGUGGCGCAUUUAGUAAUAUGUUAUUAUUACUAUUUACAUCGCAGCAAGACAGACAAUGGACUGGAAAAUGAUGACAAAGAUAACAUAAUAUAA